AAUACCUGCUUUACUGUCCACACCAACUGGUCGCUCACCGUCAUCCCUGCUGGCGACUAUAGCAGGCCAGUACGCGGCAAAAGGUCUCUCUGAUGGCCAAUGUCGAGGUCGAUCGAGCAGCUUCCGUGGCCCUGCCUUCAUCGCCAUCCCAAGAAAGCCCGCCACCACAUAAUCCGGUCGAGGCGCUCGACUCACCGAAGGACACGCGGGACUCGGAACCUGUGUCCCUGGAAGACUCAACGCAUGCCUUAACAGCAAAGGCUCAUGUUCCAGUUGAAGAGCCAUUAGAGGAAAGUGGGGAUGCGGUUGGAAGUGGGCAUAUUACUGACCGCGAGCAGCGGUCUACCGUAGGCGAUGAGGGUUCUACAGUCGAGCGUAGGAGAUGGCUUCAGAACUUGGACUCCCGUGACGACACAACAAUAGCAGACUCGAAGGAGAAUACCUCAGUGUCCCAUUUCGAGGAACCUGUGACGGACAACGCGAGUACACUCGUUUCGUCUGAUCCCCAUGUGCAUGAAGAGCGUGUCGUGCCCCUCGCCCCACCAGAGUCAUUACCCCCUACAUCUCCACCGGUUUCUGUCCACCCUGAUGGCCAUAGCAAGACCGAAUCUGUCGCCACCGCUGCAUCUGGCGAGACAUCCUCCAACUCAAAAGCACAUCAACGGUCCCUGACGAUUUCCAAAGGUCACACGGUCUCCGUGGUGCUGAUAACUUCGGCUUUGGAGACUAUUGCUGCUUCAAAGGAGGCGAAGCGGUCUGCACCGCUUAGAGAUAGCGUCAAACGGGCUUUAGAAAUGGUCCGUGCAGGAGAAGGAGGCGACCGGCCUCGCGAAAUAUUCGAACCUCUACGCCUAGCUUGCGAGACGCGGAAUGAAAAGCUCAUGGUUACUAGUCUGGACUGUAUCUCGAAACUCAUCUCGUAUUCCUUCUUCGUGGAGGAAACUCCCUCAGCUCAAGGCUUACCAUCCCCUCCCCCAUCUCCAGGUUUAGGGCCUCGUAACUCUAUGUCGGGUGCAUCUCAAUCAAAUCUACCUCCAAUGUCUCUGGUUGACCUUGUGGUCCAUACGAUAACAUCGUGUCAUACCGAAACGACUCCCGAAACGGUCUCUUUGCAAAUAGUCAAGGCUUUGCUGGCUUUAGUCCUUUCUCCCACUGUCCUUGUCCACCAGUCUUCACUUCUGAAGACAGUGCGCACAGUAUACAACGUCUUCUUAUUGAGCACGGAUCCCGUGAAUCAAAUGGUUGCUCAAGGUGGACUGACACAGAUGGUUCAUCAUGUAUUCUCUCGCUGUAAAAUCAACGGACCGCGUCCCGUGUAUGGUGCAAGUGCUUCCCGCCGGGCGUCAAGAGAUAAUGAUAGCGAGAUGUAUCCAAGCAGACCCUUAUCUGCUGCGUCCACUCCGCAGACACCACCUGUUCCGACUUCGACAUUGGCACCAGAAUUCGGCUUCGCGCGAGAUGUCAAUGAUGACCGUCAAGCAACAACCUCCGAGCGAGAGAAGCACCCUGACACAGGCAGUCCUAUAUCGCCCCCUGCUUCGGUAGGGGACCAUGCCAACGGCACGGAGGGGUCAUCAAGUGCGGGGUUGGCGAAUGGUAGUGCGCCGCUGCGACCCGAUGCUAAUCCAAGCUUGGACGCUCUCCACGCUGAAAUAGCAUCUCAGGAAGCGAAUCGGGAUAAUCACGGCAGGGAGUUAACUCUCAAUGACCUGUUCAUCAAAGACGCCUUUUUGGUUUUCAGGGCGCUUUGUAAAUUGACCAUGAAGCCGCUCAAUACUGAGAGUGAACGGGAUCUCAAAUCACAUGCAAUGCGCUCGAAGCUGCUCUCGUUGCAUUUGGUACUGACCGUAUUGAACUCACACAUGGCUCUGUUUGUUGCUCCCACGUCUAUCAUCUACUCUAGCUCCUCUCAUGAAGCAACGCCGUUCGUGCAAGCGGUCAAUCAGUACCUGUGUUUGAGUCUUAGUAGGAAUGCUGUCAGCUCGGUCCCACAGGUGUUCGAAUUGAGCGUCGAGAUAUUCUGGAGAGUGAUCUCUGGCAUGCGCACGAAACUCAAGAAAGAGAUCGAGGUGCUCUUGCAUGAGAUUUUCAUCCCAAUCCUGGAGAUGAAGACGUCCACCUUGAAGCAAAAGGCGGCAAUUCUCGGAAUGUUGCAGCGCCUUGCACAGGAUCCUCAGGCUCUGGUGGAAAUUUACCUGAACUACGACUGUGACAGUCAGGCAGCGGACAAUAUUUACGAGCACCUCAUGAAUAUCAUAUCCAAGAUCGGGACCAUUCCGUCUGCAGUUCAGCCUAAGGCUUCCGAUCCUAGCAGUCCUGCAUUGACGCCGACGAACAAAGGCCACAGCCACAGUACAGCAUUACCGCCGUCUCUGAGCACUACGGCUCUCUCUGUUCCGGGAUCCAUGGAUAUUUCGACCUUGGGUUUAUCGGAUUUCCAACUCAGGAAGCAAGGACUUGAAUGUCUAGUUACCGUACUGAGGUCGCUCGUCGCUUGGGGGACUACCGCACGGGAGACUGUAGUCGACGCUGCUGCUGAUGCACGUGCCCAGACUCGUGCAAAUCAGGAAACUGUGAAUGACACCGGCAUAUCAAAUCCAUCCGUCGACAGGCUAUCGAUUGGUGCCGAGGGACCGAGGCAAUCCACACCAGAUAUUGGCGAUGAUCCCAGUAAGUUUGAAAGUGCGAGGCAAAAGAAGACGACCCUACUAGAAGGCAUCAAAAAGUUCAACUCGAAGCCCAAGAGCGGCAUCGAAUUCUUCAUUGAGAAUGGUUUCAUCCCAAGCAGGAGCCCCCAAGACAUCGCGCGCUUCCUUCUGCAUACUGACGGCCUUAACAAAACGAUGAUCGGGGAGUAUCUCGGCGAAGGCAACGAGGAGAACAUCGCCAUAAUGCACGCAUUUGUCGAUAUGCUUGAAUUUAGAAAUCUGGGGUUUGUUGAUGCUUUACGCACCUUCUUGCAAACGUUCAGGCUCCCCGGAGAGGCACAGAAGGUUGAACGCUUCAUGGAGAAAUUCGCGGAGCGGUACUUUACCACCAACAGCCAGACUCCCUUUGCCAGCGCUGGCGCAGCGUUCGUGCUGGCGUUCUCAACUAUCAUGCUGAACACAGAUGCACACAGCCCGCAAGUGAAAUCGCGAAUGUCCAAGGCCGACUUCCUCAAGAAUAACAGGGGUAUCAACGACGGGGCAGAUUUACCGGAAGAGUAUCUGUCUGCACUAUACGACGACAUCGUAGCGAAUGAGAUCCGCAUGAAAGACGAGAUUGAGGCUGUUGUCUCAACGCCUGGAACAGGCUUAGCCAAUGUGCUGGCCAACGUCGGCAGAGAUCUGCAAAGGGAAGCGUACCUAAUGCAAUCCAGCGGCAUGGCAAAUAAGACUGAGGCCCUGUUCCGCACCAUGAUUAAGUCCCAGCGUAAGGGAUCGAAGGCGGGUGACCAGUUCUUCAGCGCGUCUCAUGCUGUACAUGUUCGCCCCAUGUUUGAAGCUGCAUGGAUGCCUUUCCUUGCCGGUCUCUCGGGUCCUCUGCAGGAUACAGACGACCCGGAGGUGAUCGAGCUGUGCUUGGAUGGCUUCAAGAGUGCCAUACACAUAGCCUGCUUCUUCGAUCUGGAGCUGGAGCGUAAUGCAUUUGUGACCACGCUGGCCAAGUUUACAUUUUUGAACAAUCUCGGUGAGAUGAAGUCGAAAAAUAUGGAGGCUAUCAAAACUCUGCUUGAUGUGGCUGUCAGCGAGGGCAAUUACCUCAAGUCCUCGUGGCACGAGGUCCUAACGUGUGUCAGCCAGCUGGAACGUAUGCAGCUGAUCAGUAGUGGGGUCGAUAUGCCAGACAGCGGACGCAAAGGGCGACCACGAAUGCUGCCAACCGAAGAAUUGGCGAAUGAAAGUCGGUCUACCCAUAUAACGGUGGCAGCAGACAUGAUUUUUUCCCUCAGUCAUUAUCUCAACGGAACUGCUAUUGUCGACUUCGUGCAGGCCCUUUGUGAUGUAUCGUGGGAUGAGAUACAGUCGUCUGGUUUGUCGCCGCGGCCACGUCUCUUUAGCCUUCAGAAACUGGUCGAGAUCUCGUAUUACAACAUGAACCGGAUGAGGUUGGAAUGGCUGAGUUUGUGGGAUAUCCUUGGCCAGCAUUUCAACCAGGUAUGUUGUCACAGCAACCCAAACGUCGGUUUCUUCGCAUUGGAUUCGCUCCGUCAACUCGCCAUGCGCUUCCUGGAGAAAGAAGAACUCCCUCACUUCACUUUCCAGAAGGACUUCCUAAAGCCCUUCGAAUACACGAUGGUUCACAACGCAAAUCCUGAUGUCCGAGAUAUGGUCCUGCAAUGCCUCUCACAAAUGAUACAAGCACGAGUCCAUAAUUUGCGUUCCGGUUGGAGGACCCUUUUCGGCGUAUUGUCCGCUGCAUCGAAAGUCCUAACAGAGAGGAUCGUCAGCUCUGCUUUCGAAAUCGUAACGCGCGUCAAUCGAGACCAUUUCUCUGCCAUUGCCCGUCACGGAGCAUUCGCUGACCUGACCGUUUGCAUCACCGAUUUCUGCAAAGUGAGCAAAUACCAGAAAAUAAGUCUCCUGGCUAUCGGGAUGCUUCGGGGAGUUAUUCCGGUUAUGUUGGAGUGCCCAGAGUGUUCCUCGGACCCUCAAAACCCCGCGGACGAUCCUAUGAUCAGGUUCUGGUUCCCAGUCCUUUUCGGCUUCUAUGAUAUUAUCAUGAAUGCUGAGGAUCUUGAAGUACGCCGACUUGCGCUCGACUCUUUGUUCACCACUUUGAAGACCUAUGGUCCCGACUACCCUAUCGACUUUUGGGAUACCGUUUGCCAAGAACUGCUCUUCCCGAUUUUCGCAGUUCUGAAAUCCAGUCAAGACCUAUCUCGUUUCAACUCGCAGGAGGACAUGAGCGUCUGGCUCCAGAGCACUAUGAUUCAAGCCCUCCGUGAUCUCAUUGACUUGUAUACAUACUUGUUUGAUAUUCUGGAGCGUUUCAUGGAUGGACUACUGGAGUUGCUAUGCGUUUGCAUAUGCCAAGAGAACGACACUUUGGCCCGAAUCGGGACUUCUUGUCUACAGCAAUUACUGGAACACAAUGUGAAGAAGAUGAGUCCUGCGAGGUGGGAUCGUAUCACGGCGACGUUCGUAAAACUGUUCCGGACGACUACUCCUCAUCAGCUCUUUGACGAGAGCCUCCGGGUGGAUAUCGAGGGCAGUCCGUCCGAUUUCGCGGAUACCAAUGGGGGCCAGACUAUGCUGCCGGCGCCGUUGUCGCCUAGUGCCACUAUGGAUCAGAUCAAACCAGACGCACAACUCUCACUAAGCGAGCGCCGCAGGAUCUUCAAGCAGAUCAUUGUCAAAUGUGUCCUUCAACUGCUACUGAUCGAGACACUAAACGAUCUUCUACGAAAUGAUCUGGUUUAUUCCACCAUACCUCCGGAGCACCUCCUGCGAAUGAUGGGCGUGCUCGAUCACAGCUAUCAGUUUGCCCGGUCUUUCAAUGAGGAUAAGGACCUGCGCAUGGCUCUUUGGAAAGUUGGUUUCAUGAAACAUCUACCGAACUUGUUAAAGCAAGAGUCAAGCAGCGCUUCAACCCUCGUGCACGUCCUCUUGCGCAUGUACUAUGAUCCCAGACCUGAGCACCAGGCCGCCCGACCUCAGAUCGCAGAGCGCUUACUACCACUUGAGCUCGGGGUGCUACAAGACUAUAACCGUCUGCGCUUGGACACCCAGGCUAAGAACAUUGCUGCCUGGACCCCGGUGGUCGCAGAAAUACUACAAGGCUUUUGUCGGUUUGACGAUAAAGCUUUCUUGAGAUACAUGCCCGCCGUGUAUCCAUUGGCGACGGAACUUCUGAGUCGAGGACUUCCGGACGAGAUUCGGGAGGGUCUCAAAGACUACUACAUGCGCGUUGGUUAUGCGCAGAGGAUCAUCGAACGGACAUAACCUCUCAUUCUAUGUAUGAGCAUCGGACUAUGUUGUGAUCAUGUAUUAUAAUCGUAAUUCCAGGGAUAAUAGUGCUUCUCGAUAGAUACAAGAAAGAGCCGCGAUUAAAAGGGCGUAACGUGAAUGGUCCACGGUCAACGCUGGUAUCCGGUAUACCCUUGGAAGCCGUUUGUCUGGAAGCCCCAACCUGUAGGUUGCAUAGUCAAUGGGGGUGCGGGACGCAGAGCGUCAUAUUUAUCUGCUGGCUGCGGAUUCCCGGCAUCGUUGCCAGAAGCAAACGUGCCUGACUUCAUCUGCGCGAAAAUAUUGGCGGGGGACGUAUCUUUAACAGCCAGCCCGCCAUUCGGCGCCGGUGGCGGGGACGCAGCUUGCCCAAACCCACUGAACCCAUUGGGAGCUGACUGCGGCAUGCCAAAGCCGCUCUUGUUCUGGAAUGUGGGGGCCUGGCCGAAGGACCCUGAGAAUCCGGUAGGCUGCGAGAACAAAGGGCCUUGAGUAAGGAAGCCCGUCGGCUGAGACAUCAUAGGUGCCUGGUUAGGGAAGCCUGUCGGUUGCGACAAUACUGGAGAUGGACCGGGGAAGCCAGUUGGCUGAGUAUUAAGGAAAGAUGGUUGUUGUGGUUGAGGUUGGAAGGGGCUCGUGGCGCUUGCUGGCCGAGUUGGGACGAAGCCAGUAGCUCCUGUCUGCGUAGGAAUGAGCGGCUGCAAUAAUGCUUGAUUGGCGGGAACAGGUGCAAAAGGCCCACGGGGACCAUUCUGCUGCUGGGGUGGAGGAAGGAUUCCGGUCUGCUGACUCUGAAGGUGCUGGCCCAUAGGUGCAGGCGAGGACCGCAUACCUAGUCCAGACUGAUAACUGGCAGACGGAGUGAUGCCUGGCGCUGGUGAACCGAGCAUCGAAUUGUUUCCAACUGGAGUGGAUGCGUAAGACGAUGGAGGGCUCUUGGUGCGGAGUUCUGCCAGUCGAGACAGUUGUUCAAAUAUGUCGCUCUCCGUCGUCUUCGCGAGAUUGCUUCCACUACCUCCGGUAUUCUGGGACUGGGCGUUAUUGGUGACUGGAGCAGACGGCGCACGAACGGGUACUGGAUCACUUGCUGGUGGCGCUGGCGGGGCCGGGGGUGCAGGAGGUGAAGCAGGAGUAGCGGUCGCGACCGGCUUAGUAGAACUGGGGCGGUUAGUCCACGCAUCAUCAUCAAAUCCUGACACUACUGGGGCUGCAGAGCUGGACCGCGCUGGAGGCUGCAAAGGAGUCGACGACGACGACCCAGGGGUGCCCGUCCUCUGGAUCUGAUCAGAUGCUGAAGAUAUGGCAUUAAGAUCCACAGACGAUGGAGGCAGGCUCUUGCUGGGCUGCGGGCGCCCGCGGCGGACGUUCUUAAGCGCACCAUUAGGUCCAGAGGCAAACAAGUUGGGAGCAGGGCUGGAUGAUUUACGGCUCCCACCGGUCUCUUCUGCCUGAAGAGCCCGUGCCAGCUCCUCAUC